AUGGGUGUGAGGUUUUGGGCUGGCGGUCGUCAUGCACACUAUAAGUUGACAAGUACGGUGAUGUUGUGGUUGCAAACGAACAAGGAGGGAAGUGGUAUGAUGAACUUGGGAGGAUCGCUGACACGACAGGUUGAGGCCGAUCAUCCAGUAAAUGAUUCUGUGAAUACGCAUCUUGUUAAUAUGGGACGAAUGAUAGAGGAUAUGGAGAGUAAGAUACGUUCAACGCUGAAUGAGAUUUACUUUGGCAAGACCAAACAGAUAGUGUGCGAGUUGCGUACCACACUGGAUUCAGAGGAGUUGAAGCGACAGAAAAUGAUCGCAAAUGAAAUAAAAGGCGGCAUAACGAAAUGA